UUAUUUUUAUAGAUCAGUGGUCUCUGUAUUUCAAUAUUUGUUUUAUGCUAAGCAGAGGACAAAAUCAGUAGGGUGGAAUUAUCUGUUUUCAAGAUAAAACAACAGCAGCAACACGUAAGUUGUUAUGCAAUGAUUCCUCUAGUAUCCACAUGAAUAACAGCACAAGUUUUUCCUUGUAAUGCAUCCAACUAGAUUCCUUUUCCCUUAACAGUUUUUCAAUUGCUAAAUUGUUCCUUUAUGGGUUUUUUCUGAAUUGCAGGACAUUUGUUAGAGGAAAAAAAAUAGAGAAACCUGAGCUGCUUUUGUCUUUGGUUAAAUGCAGAUCUGUGCUGGUAUUUUCAGACCUUGGGGAUCUGCUUAGCCCUGCCCAGAGCCAGAUCUAGCUGUGAAUUGUAUUUAUGUUCAAACUUUCUUUGGUCAAAAACGUAUCUGGGAACUGUGAUUCAGGCUUUAAUUUUAAACUUAAGUUAAAUAAUUUUUCUUCUAGAGCUGGGAGCUCACUGAAGAUGAACACUGAAGGGAUCUGUGGAUAACUGUCUCUCUUUGGAUAUGCUGCCUACAGCUAAAUUGAAACUAGCUACAAAGGGCCCCACCCCUGCAGUAACUUAAGGCACAGUUUAGAGCUAGUGUGUGCACUCAUACACAGACUACAGGAGCUAGAAAGAAUCCCAAAGCAUGCAUGUGUGUGUGCACGCUUUCAACUCUGGCUUUCCCAAGCAAAACCGAAAACUCUUGUGAAGAAACAGAGGCUGAAGGGGUUAAAUGAAAUAUAACUCUCUUUUUCCUGUACAGUAAGGAUUAGUAACCAAACAGAAGCCGGAGAGAAGAGCACUUAAGAGCCACUGUUUGAACCAGAACAUAAGAAAGUGGUUUUUCAAGAUUUGCUGCAGAGUGGUGCAAGUAUCUCCAAGUUUUGCGCUCACCUUUUACAGGUUCACACAGAAGGCAGAGAUGAAGAGCUUGUUCCUUCUGCUCAUGCUAACAAUGAUGCCACCUUCCGCAUUUUCAGGCCACCGGAUGAAACGGCAGAUUGAUGUCUGGGGGAGCUGGGGGGAAUGGGGCAAGUGCAGUCGGAGCUGUGGCGGUGGAGUCAGCUUUCGGCAACGGCGCUGCUACUCCCAAAGGGCAGAAGUUUCUUCCAGUUGUGUUGGACCAGCUCGAAGCUACCAGUCAUGCAACAUUCAGAGCUGCCCCGAAGGCUCCCGGGAUUUCCGGGCAGAGCAGUGCGCAGAGUUCGAUGGGAAAGAAUUCCAAGGAAAGAAAUACAAGUGGCUUCCGUACUAUGGAGCACCUAAUAAGUGUGAGUUAAACUGUAUCCCCAAGGGAGAAAACUUCUACUACAGGCACAAGGAAGCGGUGGUAGAUGGGACUACCUGUGAACCUGGCAAGCGGGAUAUCUGUGUAGAAGGAGUUUGCCAGGCUGUUGGCUGUGAUAACAUGCUGGAAUCUGCCAAGAAGGAGGACAAGUGCCUUCAGUGUGGAGGAGAUGGCAGCACUUGCUAUGGUGUGAAGGGCACUUUUGAUGUGCCCAGCCUCCCCAAAGGUUACAAUCAAAUCUUCAUAAUCCCUGUGGGAGCCACAAGCAUCCGAAUUAAGGAGGUUAAGCCCAGCAGGAACUUCCUUGCUGUCAAGAACGUGCGAGGGGAGUAUUACCUGAAUGGGCAGUGGACAAUCGACUUCAGCCGAGCUCUGCAGAUAGCUAGCACGGUUAUGCACUAUGACCGUGGCUCGGAGGGUGACCUGGCCCCAGAGCUCCUCCAUGCACAAGGUCCCACCACAGAACCCCUCAUCAUUGAGCUCAUCAGCCAGGAGCCAAACCCAGGGGUACAGUAUGAGUACUACCUGCCUGUGCAAGGACAGGCCUCGGGCUACAGCUGGAGCUAUGGUUCCUGGAGUGAGUGCAGCUCUGAAUGCGGAGGAGGUUUCCAAUCCCGCUUGGUGUUUUGUACCAUAGACAAUGAAAUUUAUCCAGACUAUAUGUGCAGGAAUAAACUACAACCAGACAAUAACCGGACAUGUGGCCAUCAAACUUGUCCCCAGACAAAACGGACUUCUUACAUCUAUCUGCCGCAAGCCUGGAGUCACAGUGGAGCACGGAGCUCUCAGAUGAAGAGGUGGAAAACAGGGGAGUGGGGACCCUGCUCGGCUACCUGUGGUGGGGGCACCCAGACUCGCUCUGUUUACUGUGUGGCAUUCGAUGGUCAGAGCUCCCAAGGGGUGGUGGAUAAUGCUGAGUGCAUGGCCUUUGCACAGCAGCCUCGCAGCAGUCAGCCCUGCAACAUGAGGCAAUGUGCGACCUGGAGCACGGGGCCCUGGUCAGAGUGCUCAGCUAGCUGUGGGGAAGGGGUCCAGACCCGCACUGUCACCUGCAGAACACAGCAGGGCUCUCAGGCUCAGGACUUCGCUUGCCUGAUGGAGCCAAAGCCGUCGGCCACCCAGCCCUGCCUGAAGGAGAACUGCAUCCAAGAAAUUGGCUGGCACAUUGGAGACUGGGGUCUGUGUUCCAAGAGCUGCAAUUCAGGCAUCCGGACACGCCAAGUGAUCUGCGCUGAUGGCGACUCCAAAUACUACAGUCCUGAGACAUGCAAAGCCAUCCAGCCACAGAAACCAGCCACCCUGGGUAGCUGCAACAUGCAGCCCUGCUACCUGCCACAGCAGGUCCCCAGUAUGCAGGACACUAUGGGAUACGAUGUCACUCGCCAGUCUUUGCUGACACGUUACAACCCAAACAGCCCUGCAACAGAUCCUGGUGACGAAAGGAUGCUCUCUGGGAGCUCCACGAACCAUGGUACUCAUGGAAAUCACCACAUCCUAUCCACCAAGGACCGUGGCAUCAACUUGUUGCCUGUUCGCUGGGAAUCCCAGUCACACUCCUUGGAUUCCUAUCAGCUCAGCUUCUCUCAGGGCCUCACUGCAGGGACUGGCUCUCAGCACUGUCAUCAGAGCCCACACGGCUGCUGUCCAGAUGGGCACACUCCAGCCUCAGGCCCUUUAGGAAGAGGUUGCCCCUUCAGCACCUGUCACCAAAACAGGUAUGGAUGCUGUCCUGAUGGAGUAUCGGCUGCCCAGGGUCCUAACAACAUGGGAUGCCCGCAAUAUUACCAUGAAGUUCAAGCGAGCAGAAAUCAGCCUACUGUGCCCACUCCAACAGCAAGCCAAGCCUUGUCCCAGCAGCACCCCUCGGGCGAGUGCCGCGGUUCCAUGUACGGCUGCUGUUUUGACAAUGUUGCUUCAGCUUCAGGUCCUCAAGGGGAAGGAUGUCUCAAUAGGCCCAAGUACCCAUAUUCUGUAACAUGCCUGCUGCCCAGUGCCCAUGGCCCCUGCUCGAACUGGACCACUCGCUGGUACUUCGUGGCUGUUGUUGGCAAGUGCAACCGGUUUUGGUAUGGAGGUUGUCAUGGCAAUAAAAACAGUUUCGCUUCAGAGGAGGAGUGCAUGAGAGUGUGCCACAACUCCGCGGGGGUCAGUCCUCUGGAGCACCAGCCCUCUUCUGGCACAGGAGGGCUGCAACACCAGCACACCAGCUCCCAUUCUCGUAUAGGGGAUGCUUGGGGUCAGCAGCAGCCACCCGUUAGAGAGUCUGCAAGUCACAGCCAAGAAGGAAGAGCUGCACCCCCCAGGCAAGACAGACACGGACAGGACAGUUGGAGAACUGAGGUGCUGACAGAGUCUUUGCCAAGGACUGGUGUGCUGGAGAGCCAGCGCUGGCGCACCCAGCAAAGCAGACUGGACAGCCUGAGCCCGCGGCACCUGUGGGAAACAGCAGUACCCAGGCCCUCAGAGAGGCAGAGGAGCAGUGGCCAGCAGGAGCUGCCCCAGGAAGGCAGGCAGUGGCAGAAGGCUUUUGGAGCAGAUGUUUCCAUCACAGAGGGAUUUGGGUACCACGCGCCUGCAGACACCUUCCCAGUGCGGGCUCUGCACAGAACCAUCCUGGAGGAAGCCAGUCCCUCUCUUGUGACAGUAGCUGUGGGGCAAAACGUCCAGCUGAUCUGCAGGGCAGGCAUGUCCCCCUUCUCCAAAGUGGAGUGGAUGAAGAAUGGCCGACCGGUCUCAUCUGACAGGCACACCUACCAGUCUGACAGCUCCUUAGUGAUCAGCCUUGUCAAGCCGGAGGAUGCUGGGACUUACACAUGCCUCAUUUCUGACGGGAGGACAGAGACCCGACAGAUUCAGUUACAGAUCAUAGAGUACCAGAGUGCUGCUACGGCAGAGGUUGAGAGAGGUCAGGUCCUUCACAAGGAAAAUCAUCAGCAUUCGGAGCUAUCCAGAGGCAGGAAGGUUGUACAGGCAGCCGGUUCCUCUGUGCAUCAGCAAUUCACACACAGGUUGAGGACGGAUAAGAGGGAACCCUCGGUAGUGGAGGCCAACAUCGGGGAGAGAGUCAGACUGCCCUGCACAGUGGAAGCAUCGCCGGCUAUUACCAUUGAAUGGCAGAAAGACGGGCAGCCCCUCUCCUCUCCCAGACACAGGCAGCAGUCAGACGGGGCCCUGGUCAUCAGCCGGGUCAGCUCUGAAGAUGUCGGCUUCUUUACCUGCAUUGCCUCAAAUGGCCGUGACCAGGAACAGCACCAGGUCCUGUUCAGACCUCUGGGAGAGCUGAGGAUCACUGGUCUUCUGCCGAGCAUCACGGUACUUGAGGGAGGGACUGCUCAGCUUCACUGCACAGUGACUGGCAACAACGUGAAUAUACGGUGGUCCAGGAAUGGGGUCCCCAUGCGGGCAGUUGAGCACCACAUCCACCUGUCCCAGGAUGGAAGCCUGAUCAUCAGCAAUGUUCAAGAGGCUGAUGAGGGAUCCUACACAUGCAGCGCCUAUAGCAGCAGCAACUCCGUCAGUGCCAGCACAGAGGUGAAGGUGCUGAGGAGCCAGCCUAGCUCUACUGUGAAUCGCAUUGUGGACCUGAGCAGUGAGUGCGUGGACCAGCCCCACCUUGCCAACUGUGACCUGAUCCUGCAGGCCCAGCUCUGCAGCAACGAGUACUACUCCAGCUUCUGCUGUGCUAGCUGCUCUCGCUCCCAACCACGGGCCAGCCCUCCUCAUCACCACGGGUGAUAGACACCCUGUGGCCACAUCAAAUACAGGAAAAAGAAUGACUUUUUGUUGACACAUCAAUGGAAUAACUGGAAGUCUGGUAAGGAGAAGAGUCACACUAGAGAUUU